AUGAAAUAUUUGCCAAAUUCACAAGAUGACCUCCCUGAGAGAAGUAUGAAAGAUAGUCACGACUAUGGAGUUAUACCUCUUUUAAAUAAUUUUCAACUCAGAGACAAAUACAUUGCUACUUCGGGUCAUGUUCGUUUGGGCAGAUUAAUGGAAGAUAUGGAUCUUUUUGCAGGACAUAUAGCUUUUAAACAUGCUUAUUACCCAGGUGUCCCUGAAGGUCUUCCUUCUCCAAUUGUGAUUGUAACUAUAUCGGUUAGCCAAAUUGAAUUUUUGGAUUUCAUAAAGGUACCACCCGACUUGGACGUCCGUCUUUCCGGACAUGUUUCUUGGGUGGGUAAUACAUCUUUGGAAAUAGCUGUUUGGAUUCAUCAAUUUUCAAACGGGGUAUGGAAUCAAAUAACUCGAGCAUUAUUUUUGAUGGCUUCGAGAAAUUCGAUAAAUACUGGUGCCGCAUUUGUAAAUCGUCUUAAAUUUAACUCGGAAGAAGAAAAAAAAUUAUUCGCCGGUGGAGAAGAAAGAAAAUUAAAUAGGAAAAAAAAAAUGAAAGAAUCAUUAUUGACAACGGUUCCGACAGCAGAAGAACUUCAUACAAUUCAUUCGUUAUUCGUUGAUACGAUUAGUUCGAAAGAAUUGUUUUCAAAUAAGAGAAUUCUUCCCUCCAAUAGCAAAUGGAUGCACGAUACCGUUCAAAGUUCUUUAAUUUUUUGCCAUCCUCAACAUCGUAACAUUCACAAUAAAAUUUUUGGCGGUUUUUUAAUGAGACACGCUUUGGAAUUGUCGUGGAUCAUCGGGUUCAUGCACGGUUUGAAUAUUCCCAAACUUGUUCGUAUUUCCGAUAUAGGAUUUUAUCAUCCUGUCGAAGUGGGGUCCAUUGUGAAAAUGUUUGGAUGCAUCACCUACACGGAAGAUAAUUUCAUUCAAAUUUUUGUUAUCGCAGAAGCUUUAGGUCCCAUGAAACUUGAAAGCAAAGAAUCCAUCGUAUUUAAUUUUACAUAUGAUUUAGGAAAAAAAACCGAUAAUGUCAUACCUCAAAGUUAUCCAGAAGCCAUUCAGUAUCUUGAUGGAAGGAGAAAUUUUAAAAAUAAAAUACAUUUAGAAAUAGGCGAUUCGAUUUUAUAA